CAACUUUUUCUCGAACCUCUCGAUCUUCGGGAAACACCGAACCCCUCAAACCGGACGAUGUUGGCUUCGUCCUGACCCGGUCAGACAAAGCAAUUCCUUUCCCGAUAUCCCAACGACCAGGGACUAUUCGCCCGCUUCUCAUCUCUCACCGAGAUGCCUUCCGUCGCGGAGCGCCCGCGUUCGUCGCAGGAGGCCUUGCUCCGCCUCGAAAAAGGCACCGCUUCCCCCGCCGCACAGCUAAAUGACGCUGCGAAUAUUAUCGGCUUGGAUCUGGCUCUGUGUGCGAGUCACCCCGAGAUUAAUCGAACCCCUCAUGUUCAGAACAAUGCUGCCCCGAAAGCGGAAUGGGUCCUCCGAUGGUUGUUGAAGAGGCUGCGUACCGGGAAGAAUUAUCGCGUCGACUCUACCUCGUUCCUCUUGCUGCGACAGUUGAUCGAUCUCAUUCCGCCCAAGACAUUGGCUACGACUCUCAAAGACCAAAAGUUCCUCGGGAUUGUCCACGACGCUAUCGCCGACCUGGAGGAUGAUGUGUUAGCCGGAUUAGGGGAUGGGACAACAGAGCUGCUGAACUCGGGCUCGGAUUCCAGUCACACCUUGGGUGAUUCACCGCACCGCAAUGGCGACUACGAUAAGAAGGGAACGAAGAGGAAGAGGUCCGGCGCGGACGAACCCGAUGCUAUGGAUAUUGACGACCAACCCCGUACUCCGACCUCGUGCUUUGUAGCCUUCAUCCGUGCUCUGGACUGUUUGUAUAGCUUGGUCACGCUGGCGGAUCGGACAUCGGGGAUCGACGAUGUCGCAAGCUCGCAUCUGAAGCACGCUCUUAAGGGGGAGCCUGAGGCGGUCGCAGUAACACUCCAGAAGUCUUUCCGACUCGCUGCCGUCAUUACGACGCAACUUUCUCAUGCGCAGCAAACUACGGACCUGCAGCAUCUGCUUUAUGUGCUUCCGGCCAUCUUCGACCUGUGGGAGCUGAGAUCUUCGCGUCGCGACGAUUCGGAAAAGGGGUUGAGCAAUGAAUGCUUUUCCAAACACUGUUUCCAAAGCUCUCUCAGACUACAAUUCUGCGUGAGCUCGAUACGUCUGGACACUGAUGAGAGGGCCCACGUUCUGCAUGGACUAGAACGCUUGAUCGCUCUACACGUAGUGCUCCCAGCCCGGGAUAGCUUCUUCGAGCGUGGCGGUUCUGGCAUUGACUACUCAGCUAGCGAGCCUGAUUGGAGCCCCGUGCAACCUGUCUCCGAUACCUUUAGGCCCCUCCUUUGUGCACCAGCGGACUCCAACCAGAGCACUGGUGACGGCGCCAGCACCCAGAAGAAAGCCCUGUGGAAGACCGCCGAGCUAAUGCCAGAGUUCUUCGACAUCGCGGCUCGCACAGUGCCUCGAGACACCUUCCGACGACAGAACCACGAGGGCCCUUGGCUGGAAACUCUUUUUGUCGCAGUUGCGGAGUUGGCGUUUUCCAUCACAAAGUCUGAGAAUACGACAGCAUACCUUCCUGAAUUUGUGGCCAUUCUCGAACGACUGUUCCGCGUAAUACUCGCUAGAAAUGUUAAGCUUUCCCUCCAAACACUGCUCACUCAUGCUGCGUAUACUGGUCUCCUCAAGGAAGGUCUGUCGCAAGUGGAGUGGAGCCUAACUGCUUUACUUAUCGAACUCGGCACCGACAUCUUUUUACCUAAUUCCGGGCUCCAUGACUCUGAGAAGUUGCUGAAGGCUUUGCUCGAAAAGAUUCUCCUGCACUGGCGCAGCGGCGUUCCUUAUGCCGAUGAAAGUUAUAGGACGAUCAAGAAUGGCAUCGUGAUACCUCUCCUGCGCGGGUUCGUUGGCGCACGAGACUUGCCCAAUUUCAUGCAGUUAUGGUACGAGCAGCUAAUCGAGGUUGAAGAAGCUCGGUCGCAAGGCAAAGACUUGACGCAGUUCAUUGUCUGGGAGGACGAUGAUGUGUGCAAUGAGUUUAGUGAGAUGAUGCGAAACCCCCUGACAUAUGCGCACUCCGCUGCUCAGAUGCGCGCUGCGGCAGUGGAGAUAAGAGGAGAAGAUGGCAAAAUCAAAAAUAGCCCCGGCGCUUAUGCUCAGAUUGUGAUAUUGGAGUCUGGUUUCAGAAGCCGUGACCUCAGCUUUGAGGACAGGAACGAGGACCUGACGUCCAUCAUUCAAACUGCUACAUCAACAUUGUCUUCUGAGCAGAAACUGCACUGGCGGUGGCGGCUGUGGCGUCUCGCUCGCAGUCUUCUGGAGAAUAAUGUACAGUCUACCGACAAUGAACUGGGUGCGGCGAUUAUUAAACUUGUUGCUACUGCCGCGGAGUCGAUACAGCGCGUUCAUUCGGGACGCAUGAAGAAGCUUUGUGCGCCUCUGGAAUGCUUUGAGGCGUUUCAGUUUGCUCUUACGGCUAUCAAAGCCACAGCAAACCCUGAACAAUUUAGCUUGUUGACGAGCGAAGUCACAACUCUCAUCAAGUCUAUCUCCGGCAAAGAUGCUGCUAAAUUCAUCAAGUCCCCAUGGGAUGGACGGGUUGAGACCCUCACGUCGCCCACAACACUUGCGCUGGCCUACUUCCUCAGCCUGGUCAGAAAUCCAGAUAUAUGGCCGCAAGUGAACUCCGAAACCAGGCGCUCUCUCUUUGCGCAUGUUUUAUCUUUGGCGACUUCGCAGUAUAAGCCAUCGCCGUCUACUCUUGAAACCGUUAGUGCCGAUUCAAAAUACCUUCAAGCUUGGGCAAGCCUUGUUUGUCAUGAGUACCUCCUCAACGCCCCGGCGAUUGCUGUCGAUCUCAUUGCAGUCCUGUCUGAUCGCAUCAAAGAAGACGGUUCCAAUCGCAAACUCUACAUUGAAAGUCUACAGAGAAUUCCGGCCCCACUUGUCACACGUCGUCAAAGAGCGGUCCUGCUAGAUUUGUUGCAGGAAGUGAUAACCCAAGAAGAUAACACCCCUGAGGUCACUGUAGGGAUGCUGUCACUGAUGGCGAAAUUGGCUGAAAUGCCUAAGUCUACGGCGGCGCUGACAAGCAACUGGGAGCCACUCUGGACAGUUGCCAAGGCUGUCUCUCUGCAGGGAAGCGAUAUUGACCUCCAGAUCAUGAAGGCUUUCCGGAAUCUUCACCGAGCCGUUAUUGCUAAGCUACUUGUUCUUUCCGAGGAAGAACGCCAGCGCUUGUUCAAGAAGAUGUACCGUAAAGUCUCGGCCAAGGCACUGAAGUUGCAGUCCCUGAACCGUGAUUCUAUGGACUGCUUCUAUCUAAGAAUCUCGCUGUUCCAGCUAUGGCAUAACCGACAGGUACUUGAGGGUGUGUUUGACGAAUCCGAGCUGGCUGCCUGUCGUAAGAAAGUGUUCGGCUUGGUGGUUGCGGAGGUCAAGUCCGUCAAGACUCAGUGCAAGAAGCAGCAACUGGAAGACACCAUCACACUGAUCAAGAUCCUGGAUGCGCUGGAGGACUUUGAAGACCUUGCUAUGGAUCAUGCCGAAGUCGAAAAGUUCCUGUCCAAGAUUGAGAGCUAUGUUGAGAAGUCGGUUGACUCAGCUUCUUCCUUGCGAAGACUAAUUCGGAGACGUGUCCUGGCCGGACGAGGAUACGAGAAGAACAUCACGCAACCUGUCAUUCAGUGUGCAGAAUCUCUUCCUCUGCAACAUAUGUACAGCGAGGAGCAGCGAAUUUUUAUUCGAUCCACCAGUGCAAGGUUCCGCACCAUGACUGUGGACGAGUUGACCCGAGUGAUCCAAGAUAUUCGCGGAAUGGGCUUUGUUGGGGAAAAUGCCGAGUAUCACUUGCUCAUAGCAGGCUUGGCUAUUGCGUCUCUACCCUCGGUCGAAGACAAGGAAAGUCAAACCGGCAAAGAAUUGGGCUUGGUUUUCUCCGCCGCCACCGAUUCCUUACUUCGCAACAACUCCAUCGAACCGUUCACCUUCGCUACGGAGUGUCUCGAUAUCAUACUGCGCAACCACACCCGUUGCGUUACGCAGUUCAACAUCGAUAAUCUGUUGGGCACGACUGCUGUGUGUACCUCAAAAUCUGGUCCCUGCAUUGACCCUGCAUAUGCCGGAACUGUCUACAUCCGCCUCUGUCGCUUGAUGGGUCUCCUACUUGGCCUUCACCGGCAGAAACUCGGAGGUCGCUUCCAUCUUAUCAAUCCCGUUAUCGCGGGCUUGCUGGACUGUCUCUUUGCUCGUUCCAAAAAGCGCAGUCGAUCCAUGUUGCACGAGAAAAAAUCAGGCCAGCAGCCCUACUGGCUGGCCCCGUUGCAGCCAUCGCACGCUGUGCACUUUACUCGUCUUUUGACCUCUCUCUGCGACCCGACGGUGUCAGCCGUGUCGAGGCCGACGCAGUCCGGCGCGGGCUACGAAGGGUUGACCGACCAGACUAAGAAGGCCAAACGCAUUGCUGGGCAGUACCUGCAGUACUUGAUCCAAGAUUAUACUCAAAGCGCUCUUCGUGGGUCUCUGUCGCCCGACGUGAAGGCGGCUAUCAUCCCAGGUCUGUAUGCGGUGCUGGAUGUGAUGUCGCGCGAUACGAUGCGCGCGCUGAAUGCGGGCUUGGAUGUAUCCGGACGGGCGGUUUUCAAGGCCCUGUAUGAUGAUUAUGUCAAGUUUGGCAAGUGGAAUAAGGGUUAGGUGCAUGGUUUGUACGAUGGUGGUUCUGUCGGUGGAUCAUGACAUGGGGGGUUUUCCUCUAACCGUGUGUCUGUCUGUGCGUGUAUUUAUUAUCUUGCAUUGUCCCGGGGUUUCGGUUGAGUGGGUUGUUUUGAGGCAUCAUAGAAGGCAUGUACUGU